CAGACUGCUGCUUGCUGCUCCUGCUGUCUGGGCAGCUUUCCUCCUGCCUCCACCCCUUCGGUGGUUACUGCCUGGCUCGGGGCCAGCCAGGGAGCCCAAAGAGAAAGGAGCCGGGAGGAUCUGCCCCUCCUGUCCCAAUGGCCUCCCCCAGGACGGUCACCAUCGUGGCCCUCUCCGUGGCCCUGGGGCUCUUCUUUGUCUUCAUGGGGACCAUCAAGUUGACCCCCAGGCUCAGCAAGGAUGCCUACAGCGAGAUGAAACGUGCCUACAAGAGUUAUGUCCGGGCCCUGCCACUGCUAAAGAAAAUGGGUGUGACUUCCAUUGCCCUUCGAAAAAGCAUCGGGACCCUCGAAGUGAUCUGUGGCAUCAUCAUGACCGUGGUCCCCGGCCGGCCCAAAGACGUCGCCAAUUUCUUCUUGCUCUUACUGGUCUUGGUUGUCCUCUUCUUCCACCAGCUGGUUGGCGACCCCCUCAAGCGCUAUGCCCACGCCCUGGUCUUUGGGAUCUUGCUCACCUGCCGCCUGCUGAUUGCCCGCCAGCCUGAGGAACAGUUUAUUGAGAGGAAGGCCUCCUCCAGGGGUGGUGAGGGGCAGGCCGCUCCCCACAAGAAGGUCAAGGUCAAAGUGUCAUAAGGAAGCAGCCCUACACGGUGGACCUUCCAGGCAGCUUCCUCUGAGUAGCCCAGGAAGAUCUCAGUGCAUUCUGUUCCUUUUUAUUUCUUAAUUGAUUGCUUUUCUGGGAAAGGGGGACCUACUAUUCCACGUAACAGUCCUGAUGUUUGUGUUCCCCUAUGCCCUAAAAUUAGCUCCUGACUCAGCCACAGAACCACCUUUUAUCACUCCUACAUCUGGCUGCAUGUACAUGUGUGUAAGAUUACUUCUCAGGUGUUUGUGUGGCAUAAAUCCCAGCAAAUACUGUUUGUGGGGGAAGUGUGUAUGUGGAGAUGUGUGCUUGAUUUGUGAGUGUAGAGAUGUGAGUGCAGGAGGUGGUGGCUUUGGUCUCCUCUUCAGAGAAUCCUCACUUUAUGUACGCUCUAGGUACAUUCUAGCAAAGGUGAAGACAGAUUGAGAUGGCUGCCCCUACAGGAUGGCUGACGGGCCCAUGCAGCAACUGCCCAAUUUGGCUGACUCUGGGUUCUUUCUUCUGCCACCCGUCCCUGUUCCCUAGCUCCCCGGCCAACUCCUGUAGCUGGACAUCCCCCGAUAUUACAACUGGACCUCAGAGGGUUUGAUCCUUCCCUUUGGGCAUCAAUAUCACAUUUUUCCAGCAGGUGUUUCUAACUAAUCUUGCCCCAUAUGCCAGUCCAUAAAUUUGGGGUGUCGGAUGACGUAGAAUUAACCAACCUCCUCCCUCAUCCACUGUGUAAACUGGAAAGCCCAGAUACUGAGUUAACUUAGAACAAGGGGUACCUGCAAUCAACAGAAAAUUGAAUCCUGUUGUAAUGGAGAAAUUCGAGGUUCAUAGAUUCAGAGCUGGGAGGAAUGUUAGUCAUCCUCCAUUCUAAGCCCCUUAUUGGACAGAUGAGGAAACCAUGAGGAGAAUCAAAAGACUUGCCCAAGGUUACACAGCUAGUAAGUUCUUUGGAUCCAAACUCCAUUCCUUUCAUUGUACCCCUUUGCCCCAGUUCGAGCCCCCCAGGCCUGAAUGCCUACAGAGUCGCCAACCCGAGCAGUCAACUUUUCUCUAGACACUGGUAUCUGACUUUGCUAAUCUCAAAGCUGCCUUGCUUCAAGCUUGCUCAGCCACCAAUCAGGAUUUCACUUCUGCUCUGCUCUUCUUGCUGAGGGAGCAGGAGGGGGGGCCUGUUCCAUGUCUGUGCACCCCAAGCCCCAGCUGUGCUUCUCCCCAACUCAUCUCCAAAGUGCCCAAGCGAAGCUAUAACUUCUUGCCAAACAGAAGCUCCCCUUUUACUGAUUUUGCACUGAGGUUACACUGGGUCCAGGUUUGCUACUAGGAGCAGCGUCCUGACCCAUCCCUACAUCUGUAUCUCUCUUCAUUAGAGGGGGAGUGUGUGAAAAGAUGACGGUUGAGCUGAGCAGGCCGUGGAAUUGUUUCCUUUGAUAGGAACUGCUGGUUUGCUGGAUGUUGGUCAACCAGUUUUGUCUUCGAUGGUUUGCGGGUUGUUGUGCCAGGGAAGGAGAAGAAUGGGAUUGUCAUUUUGGAAAAAAGUGUCACCAUUCUUGGUAAAUGGCUUCCUCCUCUCUCCCCUUUUUGUCUCAU